AUGUCCGUGCCCGCCGUAUCCCCCACCUCUGUGGCCUCCUUUACCACCUCCUCCUCCUCCACCAUGUCCGUGACCAUGGCCUCCUUUACCACCGCCUCCUCCUCCUCCACCGUGUCCGUGUCCACCGUAUCCACCACCACCUCCUCCAUGUCCGUGUCCGCCGUAUCCUCCGCCUCCGUGGCCUCCUUUACCACCACCUCCUCCUCCACCAUGUCCGUGACCAUGACCUCCUUUACCACCGCCUCCUCCUCCUCCUGUGUCCGUGUCCACCUAUCCUCCGCCUCCGUGGCCUCCUUUACCACCACCUCCUUCUCCUCCACUGUGGCCGUGUCCACCGUAUCCACCACCACCACCUCCUCCAUGUCCGUGUCCGCCGUAUCCUCCGCCUCCGUGGCUUCCUUUACCACCCCCUCCUCCUCCUCCUCCGCCAUGUCCGUGACCAUGACCUCCUUUUCCACCACCUCCUCCUCCGUGACCAUGUCCACCAUAUCCUCCACCCCCGUGUCCGUGACCACUAUAACCUCCACCUCCGUGACC